CUCAACAGUGCACUCGAACUGAUCAAAAUGAAAUCAGUCUAUGAUAGCAUGAGCUAUAUGUAUGGCCUGUCGAUUAUUUUGAACGUAUAAGGUUGGCGUUUUAUCAACUUAAAGGGAAAUAGAAAUGCAAAGUGCAAUUGAAUUUGUGUCAUUGGCAACAACAAUGUGACCGAUUGCCGACACCAUACCGUAGAACAAACUCGACUCGCACGAUAAUUUUCACCUUUAAAAUGGCUUUAUCUCAGGACUUGUCAGAGGAAGAAUUAAGGAGGCAGUUUGAGGAGCAGUUUAGUUUGGAAAUUGAAAGCCUCCUCGGAAUGGGUCGUCGUCCGCCAACCCAUAUCAGCAUGUCCUUGAUUGCAAAGAGAAACUUACCAGAAUCGAUAGCCCAGGGAUCGGGAGAUGAACUUAUUGCAGGUUUGAUGAAACUGACUCACGUUCGUCUUGACCGAGAGAACAUCACCGAGAUUGACAACCUUGAGAUGUUAGGACCUGUAACGAAUCUCUACCUUCAGCAGAAUUCCAUAGAGAAGAUAGAAAACUUGGAGUGUCUUACUUCUGUUCAGUUCCUCACCCUGGCUGGGAAUAAGAUCAACAAGAUUGAGAACUUGAGGAUACUUGAUACACUCAAGCUAUUAGACCUGUCUGAUAACAAGAUUACAGGUUUAACAGAAGAUGAGCUUCCAAAGUCAUUGGUGUUCCUGGACCUGAGAAAUAAUCCAUGCACUGCCCUACCAGAUUAUAGGACCCGGCUUCUAGCAGCACUUCCAAAUCUUAAGCAGCUUGACAAUGAGUUGCUGACCAAAGAUGAGAAGAGUUCAGCUGGACAUCCUGUGUCUAGCGAUGAUGAUGAUGAGGAGGAGGAAGAGGAGGUUGGAGAAGAUGGAGAUGUUCGUAGUGGUCAAGAUGAUGUUCAGAUAGAUGACAUUUUCCGUAUGAGCGCAGACUUCAUCCACCAGUCACGGGAGAGAUCGUCCGAAUACACCAAUCAGCAUGACCGUCACAUGCUCCAGAUUGAAGAAGUACGUAGCCAAUCACGACAGGCCAUGGAAACUGCAAGAUCGAGUCUGAAUUCACCGAGAUCGUCUCUAGAGAAGCAACGCCACCUGACCCCUUCUCCUGCGUCAAGAUAAGGAUUUUAUGAUUGGGAUUGCAGAUAUAAGCGGUUAUUAAGUUUGAAAAUAUUUGUUGUUUUUUAUUUUUAAUUUGCUAAAUGUAUAUUUUUUAAAAUGCCAGACAUUUGUGGAGAACUCAAUUUUUUGG